UGACCACUUAUCCAAAUCUCACUAAAAAAAUUCUCUUACCAUUUCCAAAGACUUGUGCUGAAGCAAUAUCACCUCCACAUUGUCAGCAGGAUAUAGAUUCAGAGUUGAGAGCAUUAGAAGCCAACAAAACCUGGAUUUUAACAACACUACCCCCUGGAAAACAAGCUAUAGGUUGCAAGUGGGUUAUUAAGGUUAAAAAUCAUAUUGAUAGCUCCAUUGAAAAGCACAAAGCCUGGUCGGGUAGCCAAAGGGUCUACUCAAACUGAAGGACUAGUUUACCUAGAAACCUUAAGUCCAGUGGAGAAGAUUACUCCAACCAGAGUUUUGCUGGCUCUUGCAUCUGCGAAAGGUUGGUUUCUGGAACAAUUAUAUGUCAAUACUACCUUCUUUCAUGUUGAUCUACCAUAGGAAGUAUACAUGAGGCCUCCCCCAGGCUUGGCAAACUCCUCCAGUCAGAGGUCAGCAAGUUGGCCAAAUCACUAUAUGGCUUGAAGCAAUAUUCCAGCAGACAAUGGAAUGCUAAGCUAACUAGUGUCCUACUUGAUUCAGGUUACAAGCAAUCUAUUGCAGAUUUUUCAUUGUUUACUAAGAGUUUCUCUUGUUGAUCCAAUGGAUUCGAAUGCCAAAUUUCAGAAAACUCAGGCUGAUUGAUGCUCUUGUUGAUCCAACUGUGUAUAGAAAGCUACUAGGUCGAUUUAUUUACACAACACAUACAGUAAAAAUCAGUUACUAAACACACAAAAAUCAAUGGUGAGGUGAUGAAACUCAAGAGACAUCAUGGUCACUUUUUUUUUUUUUUACAAUUGAGACAAUCUUUAUCAACCCACCUACAUAAAAUACAAAGAAGAUAAGGUUGCAUUUGAAUUUAGAUUUAGAAAGCUAAGCUUCUAGUACUUUGCAAUGGAUGUCGCCGAAGCCGGUAAAUCUCUCGCAGGAAGUUCCACAACCGACGACCGUUUGCCGGAACUCAAGUCCUUCGAUGACUCCAAAGCAGGUGUCAAAGGUCUUGUUGACUCCGGCAUCACCAGACUCCCGCGAAUUUUCAUCAUGCCGCCAGAGGACCUCACCGCCGCCGGCGAGCCACCGCAGAUCCAGUUCAGGAUCCCCGUGAUCGACCUCGAAGGCGUCGCUCGACAACGCGCUGACGUUAUUGCCGGAGUCCGGGAUGCGGCGGAAACGGUAGGGUUUUUCCAGGUGGUGAAUCAUGGAAUACCCGUGAAACUGUUGGAGGAGAUGGUUGCGGCGGCGCGUGAGUUCCACGAGCUGCCACAAGAGUUGAAGGCUGAGUAUUACACUAGGGAGCUGAUGAAGAAGGUGAAGUAUGUGAGCAACUUUGAUUUGUAUCAAUCAAAACAUGCUAACUGGAGGGAUACACUGUUCUGUGUGAUGGGUCCUGAACCUCUUGAUCCACAAGAAUUGCCUCCUGUAUGCAGGGUUGUAACAGUGGAAUACUCUAGGCAAGUUCAGGCAUUGGGGAAGCUUUUGUUUGAAUUAUUGUCAGAAGCACUAGGACUCAAGCCUGAGCAUCUUGAAAGGAUGGAUUGUGCAAAAGGCCACACAAUUCUUAGUCACUAUUAUCCAGCAUGUCCUGAACCUGAACUGACUAUGGGCACUACAAGACAUUGUGAUCCUGAUUUCCUUACAAUUCUGCUUCAAGAUCACAUUGGUGGGCUCCAAGUUUUGAGCUAUGGGCAGUGGGUUGAUGUUCCUCCUGUUCCUGGAGCUCUAGUAGUGAACAUUGGAGAUCUGCUACAACUAAUAUCCAAUGACAGAGUCAAAAGCGUGGAGCACCGUGUUCUUGCAAACCAUAGAGGGCCUAGAGUAUCAGUGGCAUGCUUUUUCACUCUCCAUCUGUAUCCAACAACAAGAAUGUAUGGCCCCAUCAAGGAAUUAUGGUCAGAAGAGAACCCCCCAGUUUAUAGGGAAACAUUGCUGAAAGAUUUCAUUGCUUACUAUGAUAACAAAGGACUCGAUGGGAAAUCAGCUCUUGCCCAUUUUCGGUUACAGCAGUGA